AUCCCUUGUUUCUCGUUGGUAAAACCCUAGAUUCUUUCCGUCUCUCUCUAAAACCCUAGUUUCCUCACUUUUCCUCGACUUCAGCCGGAAAUGACGUUGGAGGCAGUAAACCCUAAGGCGUAUCCGCUUGCGGAUGCUCAGUUGACGAUCACGAUCCUUGAUCUUGUUCAACAAGCUACUAAUUACAAGCAGCUCAAAAAGGGUGCUAAUGAAGCUACGAAGACAUUGAACCGUGGGAUCUCUGAGUUUGUGGUGAUGGCUGCUGAUACAGAGCCUCUCGAGAUUCUUCUUCAUCUUCCCUUGCUUGCUGAGGAUAAGAACGUGCCGUAUGUGUUUGUGCCCUCGAAACAAGCACUUGGAAGAGCAUGCGGUGUAACAAGACCCGUCAUUGCUUGUUCGGUUACAUCAAACGAAGCUAGCCAAUUGAAAUCACAGAUUCAACAGCUCAAGGAUGCUAUAGAGAAGCUUCUGAUAUAAGAGGUUGCUUUCUCGGUAUGAUGGGUCUCCGAUUCAGGAAGGCUUUGACCUAAGUUUGUUGUUGGAAAACUGUGCAACAGUUCUGUUCCUCGAAAGAGAGAUUGUAGUGACUAUUUAUUUUUUUUAAUAUAUUUUUGUUGUUGUGUGAAUGCACAAUUGGGAUGAAUUCUCACUCCUUUUUAUGCAAUUUAAGUUUAGAGUUGUUGGUGAAAA